AUGGAGUGUUUGCAUGGAGUGCCAGCGUCCGCAGUUUCUACAAAACAUGGAAAAUUUUGGUUUUGCAACAAAAAUAACCAGAAAAGUUGUGAAUUCUUCUGCCCUGAUCAAGACCGCUUGUUGUUCGAAACAGCUAUGAUAAUGUGGAGAGCGAAUGGAUCAAUUCAUCCGGUGUGUGAUACUCACCAAAGACUAGCAAGAAUGAAAGUCGUCAAAGACGUCGGUAAACUGAACUUUGGAAGGCCGUAUUUUGUUUGUUGCGACCGCGAGAAUCCGUGUAAUUUCUGGCAGUCUGCUGACAGACACGAGUUGGCAAAACCAAAAUGCAGACACAGAUUGAAUGCUUGCGUACGGAAAGUCAAAAAGGAAGGAGAAAAUCAAGGUCGCCUUUUCUUUUGUUGCCCAAAUUUAAUUGCCAAGGUCGCCUUUUAUUUAGUUGCCCUUUUAAUGGAAACUCGACCUGGAAACCCCGUUCAAUCAAGUUCAUUUUCCUCACGUUGA